CACACACACACACACACAGCAUCUGUCAACCAGUGACACUGAUUCAGCAUUUCAUACCCCCCCCCCCUGCCUUUAAAUAGAGCUCCUGUCCAGCACUUCGUCCCCACUGUUCAGCCUGCAAAGUUCUCCUCAACCCUGAAACAAGCCUCCUCCUCCUCCUCCUCCUCGUCGUCAUGGAGCGUACUUUCAUCGCCGUGAAGCCCGAUGGCGUCCAGAGGGGCCUCUGUGGAGACAUCAUGAAGCGCUUCGAGCAGAGAGGCUUCAGGCUGGUGGCGGCCAAGUUCAUGAAGUCCUCUGAGGACCACAUGAAGCAGCACUACCUGGACCUGAAGGACAUGCCUUUCUACGCAGGACUCUGCAAGUACAUGUCCUCUGGACCCGUCUUCGCCAUGGUGUGGGAGGGUCAGGGCAUUGUGAAGCUGGCCAGAAUGAUGCUCGGUGAGACCAACCCCGCCGACUCCAAGCCCGGAAGCAUCCGCGGAGACUUCUGCAUCAACAUCGGCAGGAACAUCAUCCACGGCAGCGACACCCUGGAGAAUGCCAAGCGCGAGAUCGGCCUGUGGUUCAAGGACGAGGAGUUCGUGACCUACACACCCUGCGCCCAGGCCUUCCUGUACGAGUAAUGCGGCCAAUCGGCAAUCAGAAAACCCACUCAACUGGGCCCCUCCCACCUGUCAGACCUUGCAACUCUACGCAUUAAUAUACGAAUAAAGUCUCAUGCCAACGCAA